UCGGUGUGAGUGCGUCACCGCGCGUAUUUAGCGCCUUGGAGCCGUGACGUCACGUUCCCGCGAGAUGCGCCUAGCGCCGCCUGGGUGAGAGGCCGGCAGGAGCCGAGUAGCUGGGCAUUGGAAUGGCGUUGCGGGACAUUUAAACAGCUUUUCGGAAGUGCUGGCUGUGUUAAGGAAAGCGAGGCUGCUGGGCGGUGAAAUAGAAAUGAAGGUACAUAUGCACACAAAAUUCUGCAUCAUUUGUUUAUUGACAUUUCUGUUUCAUCACUGCAACCAUUGCCAUGAAGAUGUGCAUGAUCACAUUUCUGAUCAAAGGCACUUUCAUAGUCACAGUGACUACCAGAUCUCGGAACAGCCUUAUCUUAAGAACAGCGGUCUAGAGUUAUCGACUGACAAGAAUACAGCGCCAGAUGCUGAGCAUGAACAAAAAUAUUACAUUGAAAAACUUUUCCAUAGAUAUGGGGACAAUGGAAGGCUGUCCUUUAAUGGGCUGGAAAAACUCUUGGACAGUUUAGGCCUCGGAGAGGUUAAAGUUGUUGAAAUUGUCCAUGAAGAUCUUGGCCAUGAUCAUGUUUCCCAUUUGGAUGUCUUAGAUUUACAAGAAAGAAGGCAUACUCACGUGCAUGAUACGUUGCAAUCCCAUGCUCACAGUGAUGCAGAUAACGAAACCAAGAGUACAUCACCCAUUACAGAUGUACAUACAUGUCAAGAAAGAAAAGCAGAAUCACAUGUACCUAAGAAAUCACACAGUCCCUCUGAGCACCAUCAUGGACAUAAUGGCACACACCAUUCACAUAAUUCUCAUAACCGUUCCAAUUCACACAAUCAUUCAGUAAGUGAAAUAGAACAUGAAGGACAUGGUCAGGACCUGCAAAUUAGUUUAAAUGCCACUCAUGAUGGUACUGAAAGAAAGGCACACAAACACAAAAAGAAUCGAAAAGGAAAGAAAAAUGCUGAGACAACUGUGGGUUCAGAUAUUUUAUUUCAUCAUGUGCACGAUGAAACACAUGAGCAUAACCACGUUCACAAAUCAGACACUACCCCGGGUUCCUCUCCUAUCCAUGAACUUGCAAAUAAUGAUAGUGGGGACCAUCAUUCAGGAUAUCAUCUGGGGGCUGAAAACAGAACAAGAAACACCAAGAAAAGGGAAGCCCCACAUGACAAUCACAGCUUGAAAAAUCAUGACCUGGUUUUAGCUCAGAAUCAUAAGGAGCAUGGCGAGGAACAUCAUGAACACGAUGAGUGCUUGAACAUCACUCAGCUGCUUCAUUAUUAUGGCCUGAAUGCCAAUUCUCCAAUUUCACCUGACCAGUUUGCAUAUAUCUGCCCAGCUCUGGUGUAUCAGAUUGACAGUAGGCUUUGCAUUAAACAUUUUUCAGAUUUGCAAGUGGAGAAUGUGGAGAAAAGUAAAGCUGGAGCCUCCGCCUGGAUUUGCGGCCUGAUCUCAAUCACUGUCAUAAGCUUGCUCUCAUUACUUGGUGUUAUCUUGAUUCCGAUCAUUAACCAAGGCUGCUUCAAGUAUCUUCUCAACUUCCUGGUUGCUUUAGCUGUUGGAACGCUCAGUGGGGAUGCACUGCUUCAUCUGCUACCUCAUUCACAAGGGGGCCAUGAUCAUGGUACAGAAGCCCCUAAUCACAGUCACGAGCACAAUCAUGAAUCUCUGCACAGUGAGGAUCAGUCUUUUCUCAGCGAGUAUGACGGUGUUAUGAAGGGUCUUGUUGCUUUGGGUGGAAUUUAUCUCCUGUUUAUUGUGGAGAACUGCCUGUGGAUGUUUAAACAUUACAAGGAAAGAAUGGGGAAGCGGAAGUGGCUAAAGAGAAAACAGAAAUUGGAUGAGGCUGCAGUUGGCAGAAAAUUAUCUGAUCACAGCUCAAAUCGGAGGUCUGAUGCAGAAUGGCUUCAACUUAAGCCUUUAGAAGCGAUGCAAGAUUCUGUUACUUGUGAAAACCAACAACUGAAUCAGACAGAAAUGACAUAUGUAGAGAAUGUUCUGCAGUCCCCAGCGAAAGUCUUUAUUCCAGCCGAUGAAAGAACUGCUCAUGCCAACAAAGAUGCCUCCCAUUAUGAUGAUGACAACCAUAGCCUGCAAGAUGGACAGUAUGAGAAUAAUCAUGAAAAGAUGGAGGUGCCAAAGAAACACAACCAUAACAAACAUUCUCAUCACUCACACGGCCACUGCCAUUCUGGAAAAGAUAUGAAGGACACCGGCAUUGCUAGUAUAGCAUGGAUGGUUAUAAUGGGAGAUGGCAUGCAUAACUUCAGUGAUGGUUUAGCAAUAGGUGCUGCAUUCAGUGCUGGGAUAACAGGAGGCAUUAGUACAUCAGUAGCUGUGUUCUGUCAUGAGCUGCCCCAUGAAUUAGGGGAUUUUGCUGUCCUUCUGAAGGCUGGUAUGACUGUAAAACAAGCAAUUGUGUACAAUCUUCUGUCUGCAAUGAUGGCUUACGUAGGGAUGUUGAUUGGAACCGCCGUUGGACAGUAUGCCAAUAAUAUCACCCUUUGGAUCUUUGCUAUUACAGCAGGCAUGUUUCUGUAUGUAGCGCUAGUAGACAUGCUUCCAGAAAUGCUCCACGGAGAUGGAGAACAUGAAGAAAAUGGACAUUGUGCAGUUGGACAGUUUAUUUUAAAGAACUUAGGACUCCUCCUUGGAUUUACCAUCAUGCUGCUCAUUGCACUGUAUGAAGAUAAAAUAGUGCUAGACAUUCAGUUCUGAUUCUUCAUUGUAUCUGGUGUGACUCAUUUGUAAAACGCGUCUCUGUUGGCUGCUUGCUAUGUACAGACAUUGUCCAGCUGCUGAUUUCCGUGCCUGUCUGCAACAUUCACAUGUGAAUAGUAUCCAAAAGGUACAGGUACACUUACCAGUUUUAAGGCUACACUCCUGUACUGGCAUAAAGGUAAAGUAGCAUUUCCUUUAAUGGACAAAACCCCAUGAGGAUACAACUUAUUGUGUGCUCAGAAUGUCCCUAGUGUGCAUGUUUGCAUUAGUGGUAGCUGCCAUAUUGGUUCAUUACAUUGAAGCAGUCUAACAUCACCUAAAGUGGAGCUGAGCAGUCAGCUUAUACCUUAGUCUCCAAUGCAAGUAAAUUUAAAGAAGAUAUGAAAGUGUUAUUCUUGAAGAUGAUGCCAUCAAAGUGUUUUUCCUGGACAAUAUUUGCAAAUGUUGGUCACCACAUAAGUUACAACAUGUUUCUAAGAGUAGAGUGUAAAUUCUCCAGUGAGGAGGGCUACAUGAAGGUAAAUGUGUUGGUCAGGAGCAGUGCCAGUGGGCUCAGUGAGCUACAGUAAGGGGGGGAUUGUGCAUUUCCAAAGUCUCACAGCACCCAUGGGAUUGUUCUGUGUAGCUGGAGACACAUGUGCCAGUCUAGAUAAUUUCCCUGUUUGUAUUUGUGUAUAUAUGCCUCUUUCUGUACUCUUUCUAGGGGUCAGUGUGUGUGGUUCAUUCUGAUCACAGUGCUGGAUAAUGGCUGAGGCCGUAUGUGCGUAUAGUUACAGAGCAUAUAUAUUAAUUAGUUCACUUGCAUCCCAGGCUCUCCGAAUAUAAACCAAAAUGUAUAUAUGAUAAUCGUAUCACAGUACCUAGAAAUACAUUAAUUUCAGUUCAGUAGAUCUGCUAAAGCCUUGUGUCCCCUCGGGAGAGAGAAUUCUUGGGCCAUAUUGUAAUUGUGCUCUUUGGAGUGGAAAUUAAGGGUCUCUGCUCACCCACCGCCUCCACAGACAUACUGUGACAUGAUGUGGCCUUUGAACAUGUUUUAUAUAAAGAAACAGUUGGCCAGUGGUGCUUUAGAUAUUUGUUUCUUUCCUGCAAACAUUGCAUUGCUUCCCUAACCUUAAAUAUGGCAGAAGGCUAUUCCCUUGACUUUCUCAAGGUGUUUUUUAUUAUUAACCUUUGGGCAUUAACAGGUUAGGGCUUUUUAGUUUGAUUACCAGUGCUGAGGGCUAAGUAAACCUUGCAUACAAAAGUCACUUAUGGUCAUUUAGUAACAUUUGCAAUAUAUCUGCAUGGUUUGGAUGUUUUGGUGAUGCAGUGUAACUGUAUUGUGAGUGUGGGAGUUGCCAAGCAAUCACAAGUGGCUGUGGAAAUGACUGCUAUCAAAUCAUUCACUUGGAAUGCAGUAGGGUAGCGUAUUAGAUAGGAGCAUAUGGAAACAAAUGUGUAUGCAGAUUGCACAUGCUGCUAAAUUAACAUACGGACCAACACACUAGAGAUUUAAUUACAGGGUUUACUGUCCCUUUAAAUGUUUUUAAAACUUAGUUUUGUAUAACAGGAAACUUUUCUUUUCUAACUUCACUUCAUAAACAAUUGUCCUUGGUACCAGCAAAAAGUCCUGUUCGUGUUGCAUACUGUUUUUAAGGGAUGCACUGAAUCAACUGUUUGGGAUUUGGCCAAAUGCUGCACUGAGUCCAAAUCUAAUUUGCUUAUGCCUCAAAAGGGUUAAUGUGAACCUCGAGCUAACAUCCAUGAUUUUAUGGAUUUGGAUUCACUUCAGACAGGCACUUGGAAAAAGUCUGAAUCCCGACUGAAUCCUGGAUUUAGUGCAUCCCUAUUGUUUUGCAUGUAAAGAAUGACUGACUGUAUGGGAACUGUAAUGUGCAUACAGGUGUCCAAGUGUGGCCUUAAAUGCUGUGUGGUACCUAAUUCUCUUCUAGGUUCCAUGCAGUCCUCGCUGGGGAACGCGUUCUUCAGUCACUGUGUAUGCUUUGCUCUGCUGAAU